AUGUUUCCAAUCAUGGUUCUCUUCCUGGCCUUCGCAGGCCUACUGGCCCAGGCAGCCGCGCUGCCGUUCCUCAACUCAACGACUAUCCACAACUGUUCCGAGGCCGCUUCAACUCACUCCAUCCAUGCUCGCGCAGACCUCAAGGUCUCCGAUAGGGGACUUUGUGGUGGCACGACUGGCCAAACCUGUAAGGACAGCCUCUUCGGUGAUGCCUGCGGACAGUGGGGCUACUGUGGCUCUUACUACGAUGCCGCCUACGCUGGCGUCGGCUGUCAACCUGAGUUCGGAGUCUGUUCACCAGACUUUAACAACCCUGUCCCUUCUGGUAACACCACUGCACUCAUUGCCAACACAACCAACAUCUCGUCGCCAGCUCCGUCGUCGAUAAGCUCCGGAAUCUCGUUGUCGGCUAACUUGUCUUCGGCUUCGACUCUGACUUCAACUCUUGCGCCCACCGGGGUGGUCAUCACACCUAUCUCUGUCAUCACCGUGCCACUUACAACCACCGUUGAGGUCAUCAAGACUGUCACGGUUGAAAAGGCCCAGGCAUCCGGAUCCUAA